AUGCCAGCAGAUCGAACUCGGCAGAGAUAUCAACCUCAACAAAAAGAGGAUAUUCCGAAAUCACAAAUUUCAAACAAAAAGUAUCAAGAUGAUUCAUCAUCGAAGGAUGUUGACAAUAGAAAUGUCUCGGCGGCUCUUCUGCAAGUAGAGAGCGGGAGGAAAAUGAAAGAAAUUAUAAAUUUGGUGAAGGACGAAGGGGAUCCAGAAGCUUCGAAUAGUGAUGGGGCCUGGCAAAAGUUUUUCGAAAAAGCCUUGAAAGAAGGCAGGUUACGACAAUUUGGCAUAUUGGGCAGUGAAACCGACGAUAUGGAAAUCAUUCGCUUUGACCACUACGGGGUUGCUGAAAUUGAAACCUCAGAAGGGACGUCCAUAAUAGAAAGUCAAUCAUUAGAUAUGGAUAGUCAAUCAUUAGAUGAAUCAAGAGAUACAUUAUUGGGACCUGAAUUGACAAAUAAAAAAACCAAUACUUGGAGCACCAUUUCCACCAAACUCUUGUUGGGCCUUUAUGUUGAAAAUCUAAAAAAAGUUGGAAAAUCAGCAAAUUUGAAAAACAAGAAGUCUUUAUGGAAGUUCAUAAGGGAAGAGAUGGCAGAACAGGGUUAUUUGUUCUCACCAAAGCAGGUAGAGAACCGUUAUAAAACUCUGGAUAGAGGAUACAAAGAAAAUACUUUGAAUAAUAAAAAACAGGAAGAAAUAGAGGUAGCUGUGAAUUCCAGAAGUGAGCACUAA